UCUGCAAUGCGGAAGUCGUCACGGGGGUACUGUGACGUUGCACCGGGCAGAUGGAGAAAACAGUCGAUGUUUUUAAUGUUUGCUUUAUAUUUAACUUCCGUUUUGUAAGCCUACAUAUGUGUUUGUGCAGGUGUUUGUGUCCGGGACAUUUAUAGUAUUGUAGAAAUGAAGAUCUGGAGCACGGAGCAUGUAUUCAGCUAUCCUUGGGAGACAGUAAUUAAAGCAGCGAUGAGAAAGUACCCUAAUCCUAUGAACCCCUGCGUGGUAGGAGUGGACGUCCUGGACAGGAACCUGGAUAAACAUGGCCGUCUCCACAGCCAUCGUCUCCUGAGCACUGAGUGGGGCCUGCCGAGUGUAGUGCGAGCGAUACUGGGAACAAGUCGAUCCACCACAUAUAUUAAAGAGCAUUCCAUUGUUGAUCCUGUAGAGAAAAAAAUGGAGCUUUGCUCAACAAACAUAACCCUCACAAAUUUAAUAUCCGUUGAUGAGAGACUUGUUUACAGACCACAUUCUGAAAACCCAGACGUAACGGUUUUAACUCAAGAGGCAAUAAUCACCGUGAAAGGCAUUAGUCUGAGCAACUACCUCGAAGGACUGAUGGCUCUCAGUAUGAGUGCUAAUGCAAGAAAGGGAUGGGAUGCAAUUGAGUGGAUCAUUAAAAACUCAGAACGAGAGAAAGUACCAUUAUGUGACAUGUGCUGAACAACAAUAACCAUAGCCAUCUCAGUAGUCAAACGGGCCAAGCAGUAAAGUAUGUGAGUGUAUGUGAUGGUCAGCACCAGCGCUGGAACCCCCCGAGUUUACAUCUUUCUGUGUAUUGUACAGUAAGUGUGUGCUUCUUUUAAAGAAUGAACAUUUGAAGCAUUCACUAUGGCGAAGUUCUCUUAUUUGGCGUGAAGCUGCACUUUUAAUGCUAAAACAUAUUAGUUGAAGUCACUGUUGAAUUGUGGGAUGUUAGGUUUGAAUAUCAAUAUGCACUUGCUCUCACUACCUCCUUCGAAGGAUCCUUGGGAUCCAUUAGAUUAGGGUCGGUGUGUAGAUUAGAUGUUAUGGAAGCAUGUGUUCUUAAUUUCUUUUUCUUUUGCUGGUGUUUACAAAUAUUCAUUGGCAUUCAUAUUAAUAAUUUAUUAAUUCAGUUCAUCCAAAAUGUUUACACAUCAUCUUUUUGGUUACUCUUUUAUUUGCUACUAAUGAAGUUUGUUCAAUUUUUUAUUUAUUUACAUUUUUUUUGUGAAGACUUUUAUUUCAUAAGCUAAAUAGGGUAUUUUUUGUCAUGUAACUGUGUGCUAGUAUAGUGUAAUGUGAUCAGAUCAGAUUCAUCACUGUUUCCGCUUAUGCUUUUAUGAUAUAUGAUGUAACGCAUCAUUCCACUCCUAGUGCCAAUGCACAACUACCAUUUCAACAACAAUUUUUUAUUUAUUUAUUUUUUCCGUUGAGCACAUACGUCCAAAUGAUGAGAAUCCUGCUUUUAACACUGCAGAGAAACCAAUCCUAAAAAUCUUAGGAUUUGUAUGUUCAUUUAUCUUUUCUUUUUUUUUUUUUUCUUUUUUACAGAUUUUUUUAUUUGAUUAAGUUUAUAGAAGUCUGCAAGAAAAAACUAAACAGCCUACUGAGUAAUAAUUUGUGUAGAUGGAACAUAAUGGUUACUAUUAGGUUACUAUUAAACUGAUUAGGAUUGUGGGAUUAACUUUUGUAUUAAAGAGUUGAAGAAUUUUUUGCCUUGAUCUUUGGUCAAAGAAUGAUGUGUUCUGUAACCUCGUUGCCGCUCUGUCUAGAAGCUUAGUAUUAUUUGUGUGUUUUAGAAAAAGUUGUGUAUGUGCAUAUUACACAACCUGAAGGAGUCAUUGAAGUGUUUACUGCUUCAUCGUCAGCCAAAAUGUUCUUACUGUGACAGGCCUAGGAGUUAAAUGAAGGUGCAGCGGUAGUCCCCUGAUGCUCGAAUUUGGUGCUAAAAUGUGUGCUUGGGAACAUUUUAGCUAAACACGCCUUUCUCAGUAUAAUGAUGAGACGUACAAGUGAAGCUGUAUACCUAUGAGUCCUGCUGUAUAUUUCAAUGUAAUGGUGUGUUUCAUGUCAUAGUAGCAGAAAUAUAUAUAAAGAAACAACAAUGUA